AUGGGAAUCGGUGAACUAACCAAUUUCCAAACAUUGACAAAUUUUGUUGUCAGUCAAGACAAUGGCCGUAAGAUAAGGGAGAUGGAGAAUUUGUCUAAUCUUAAGGGUGGACUUGUUAUUUCAGAAUUGCAGAAUGUUGUCAAAGCUCAAGAUGCAUGGGUGGCUGGGUUAUGUUAUAAGUCGAACCUUCGUGAUUUAGCUUUAGAGUGGAGUUAUAAUUUCGCCGGAGAAGAAAUUCACAAGGACAUCUUGGAUUCACUCCAACCUCCUAAAAUGCUUGAAAGGCUUACCAUCGAAUGUUAUGGAGGUGAAACAUUCCCAAAUUGGUUCGGAGAUCCUUCAUUUGGAAAGCUAUCGAUUCUGGAUCUGUAUUACUGUCCAAAUUGCACAUUAUUACCAGCUGUUGGAAGAUUAACGUCGCUAAAAUCGCUUUCUAUCCGGAGGAUGAGUAAGGUUAAAAAAGUGGGUGCUAAUAUUUUUGGAAAGGAUCUAUCGAUUAAUGCAUUUCCGUCACUAGAGAGAUUACGUUUUCAGGACAUGCCAGAAUGGGAGGAAUGGGAUCCCUGUGAAGUUGAUGAAAAUGUAAGGAGUUUCCAACACCUUCAUGAGCUCAUCAUUUCAAAUUGCCCCAAGUUGUUAGGAAGUUUACCUAAUCGUCUUCCUUCCUUGAAGAAGCUGAAGAUUAAUUUGUGUCAACAGCUGAGAAGUCUACCUAGUUGUCUUCCUUCAUUGGAGAGACUUGUGAUUCAAGAAUGUGAGAAGUUGGUAGUUUCACUCUCAAGCCUUCCAAAGUUGUCUGACUUGGAAAUUAAUGGGUGCCAAGAGGUGUCGUCUACAAGUUGUGCAAAUUCUGGCUCAUUCAUUGAAAGAGUCUCUCUUUCAGACAUUUCAAAAUUCACUUCUCCAAUGGAGGGGAUGAUGUUAGGGUUGAUAAAAGCUGAACGGGCAGAGGACGGAAAGGAAGAGCAUAUGCAGUUAGGAAUCCCUUGCCAUAUUGAACAUUUGAGCAUACACUGUUGUGAAAGGCUAGAAAGGUUAGCAGAAAGCCUACACAGCUACAGAUCCCUUACGGUGCUAGGAAUUGAGGGAUGCCCAAGAUUGAUUUCAAUUUCAAAUGGAAACUUGCCUCCAAACGUAAGACGUUUAACCAUUAAGGAGUGUGAGAAUUUGCAGUACUUGCUGGAUGGAGUAAAUAACAACAUCAACAGCACGCCUCUUUCUAGAGCACUUGGUGAUUGA